AUGUUGAUGAUACAGCCCAGGCGUGUGUGCUUGAGUAUGUUUCUAGUAAUUCCCUUUCUUACAACUCCAAUAGUAACACAGAAUAUUGUUCUAGAGGUGAUCGAGGUUCACAUAUGCUUAAACGCCAUGGGUAAAUUGAAUAAGCGAGCUGAUCGUUCUAGAGGCCUGGUGCUUAGUGAGCCGCUGUGGUUGGACGCCAAACUUCAGCUUGUUAAUGCGUCUGAUCAUGAGAGUACUAUCCUCCAUUUUCAAUGGUUUAUGGUUGCUGUUAGGGUUAGUAACUGGCCCGGUAGUUAG